AUGGCGUUGGCGUUGGUGUUGGAGAUGCCGAUGCAGAUGGGGUUGGUUUCCCUGCACCUCUUCCCUCCCAUCAUUCUUCACUGCAUCUAUCUGAAUCCUACCACCACGUCUUCGCCCUCGAAUGCUUCACUACUUUACUUCACACCGAGCUGCAUUACCGGAGAAGAUUUUUAUUGUGGCUGCGGUAAACGGUCGAUCCUUUUCAACAGCAACGAGAUCAACGCAGCCGAUUCUUGCCAAAAAUCUACCGACCAAGAAUUUAUUCAGUUGAAGGUGCUGGUCUUAUCGUCACAUGAACAUCUAGACUUUGGGAGACAAUUUGAGAAGGGGCUGCGAGCCCAAAAUACUUCAGCCAUGAGCCAGCUCCUGACCUCCCGUCAAGCAGAGGAACUACACAAGUCCAUGGUCGCCUACUUGCUCUCGGUUGGCAUGACUGAAAGUGCAAAUAACCUGCGUCGAGAAGCGAACUUGGCCGACACAUUUGACGACGUUACCGCUAAAAAGUAUGAGACCCUGUUGGAAAAGAAAUGGACCUCAGUUGUCCGCCUACAAAAGAAAAUUAUGGACCUUGAAGCAAAGAACGCCGCUCUUCAACAAGAGAUAGAGUCUGCUACACCUCUCUCCUCGAAUCGAAAAAUCGACCCCCAGACAUGGUUGCCCCGAGCCCCUGCCCGGCACACCCUACAAGGCCACCGGGAUCCUGUCACCGCUGUUGCAUUCCAUCCAAUCUUCUCCUCACUGGCCUCUGCUUCAGAUGAUUCCACCAUCAAAAUCUGGGAUUGGGAGCUAGGGGAGCUCGAAAGGACACUAAAAGGUCAUACAAAGGCCGUGCUGGAUGUCGACUUUGGUGGUCCAAGAGGAGGCACUCUGUUGGCCAGUUGCAGUAGUGAUCUCACCAUCCGGCUUUGGGACCCAAGCGAUGAAUACAAGAACAUCCGGACGCUACCGGGCCAUGACCAUUCCAUCUCGUCUAUUCGGUUUAUUCCUUCGGGUGCUGCUGGUGCUCCUCUAUCAGGGAACACACUGGUAUCCGCCUCAAGAGAUAAGACACUCCGGAUUUGGGAUGUCACAACGGGCUAUUGCUUGAAAACGUUAAAGGGGCACUCGGACUGGGUUAGAGCGGUGGUUCCUUCGAUCGACGGGAGAUGGCUACUCAGUGCUGGAAACGAUCAGAUACCACGAUUGUGGGAUGCCACCUCGGGCGAAGUCAAAAUCACCUUCUUAGGCCACGAACACGUGGUGGAAUGUGUUGCCUUUGCCCCAAGCUCGUCUUACGCCCAUCUCUCUAGUAUCGCUGGGUACAAAAAGCCACCUCCGGCCAGCAGUAGUGGAGAGUUUCUGGCAACAGGAGGAAGGGACAAAAUCAUCAAGAUCUGGGACAAUCGGGGAACAUGCCACAAGACAUUGGUGGGACACGAUAAUUGGGUACGGGGCCUCGUCUUUCACCCUGGUGGCCGGUAUCUGAUCUCGAUAUCUGAUGACAAAAGCAUUCGAUGUUGGGAUUUGUCGCAGGAGUGUAAAUGUGUCAAGGUCCUGGAGGAUGCUCACCAACAUUUCAUCACCAGUAUCCGGUGGGCACCGGAUAUUCCCAUUCAACCAAACAUGAACGGGGAGACCAACGGCGUAGGCACUGCUGUUAAGAAGGAGGACAGUGGAGGAGGAGGCAAGAUUCGCUGUGUCAUUGCCACUGGCUGCGUUGACUGGAAUGUCCGGGUCUUCGCUGGGUGA